CAUAGGGCAACGAUGAACAGUGGGGUAUGUAUCAAGGGGACUAAUUACAGUACUAAUGAAAGUGACUACUAUGGACAAUUAAUUGAAGUGCUACGAUUGGAGUACCCUGGAUUACCAAUCAAAAGAACUGUAUUGUUUAAAUGUGAUUGGUUUGAUCCAACACCAAAUGUGGGAACAAAGAUUCAUCCAAAAUAUAAACUUGUGGAUAUUAAUCAUAAAAGAUCCUUCAAUAGGUAUGAACCAUUUGUUCUUGCUAUCCAAGCUGCUCAGGUGAAUUAUUCCAUAUAUCCAAGCUUAAAGCGUGACAAGGAUGAUUGGUGGGCCGUGUUCAAAAUCAAAGCGAGAUCUGUUAUUGAUCUUCCUGAGCAAGUGAAUGUGACAACCCCCCCUGCACGGGAAGAACCAUUUCAAGAAGAUGAAAUGGAAGUCCCUUUGAUUCAAAUUGAUGAUGAUGAUGAUCAACAACAAUAUUUGAAUGAUCAAAAUGGUGUACUAGUUGAAAUUAAUGAAGAGGAUGUUGAAGAUGAAGAAGAGCUUGAGUUGGACUCAGAAAGCGAUGAGGAAUGCGAUGAUGUAUAUGAUAGUGAUACUAAUUAGAAUUAGGAUGCGAGGCAACGGUCGCAGGGGAGGUUUGUUGGGUCAUUCACAGUCAAGGCAGUUACCUGUGCAGGAUGAGCCCAAUGAUCAACUAGACCAAUCUACACAGGGUCAGCCUCAGGUUCCUUCACGAUCCACUGGGAGGUCGACACCAGAUCCGGAGGGGUCUACUGCUUCAACACAGCAUCGAGCUACACCUCCACCUCCACCGCCACCACCUAUUACCCCAUCUUCUGAGCCUGCAAUUGGAUCAACCUCUAGUCAUGAAGGUCAUUCAGUUGGGGCAGCACCAAUAUCAUCAAUGGAUGGCCUAUCACUCACUACAUUUGGAAGAAAGAAACGAAUAAAGCUCAUUAAUGGCACGUUACAUCCAUCUGAGGAAUGUGCUAAGAAGAUGAAGAAUAUCUUCAAGGAGAGGAUGGACCCAGGAGGCAAUCGUUGGAAAACUAUCACGCCUGAAACAAAAGAGUUUUACUGGGAUGAAUUUUAG